CGUACACCAGCGACAUCAUCGAGAUGGAAGAUCCGGGGUGGUCGAGCACUGGCACGGAUAGACAGAGUUGGAAGAAGGCUAGUACGGUUUCCCAUCUAUCUCAGCCACCAGUCGAGUAAUCUCGCAAUUUGAUGAAUAUCAACGUCUGCCAAAACACCUCUCCGAAUCUCAAGAAAAUCAACUUGCACCCCCCCGCCGCCGGAACGAGCAAAGAGCGGCUUCUCAUGCCCAUCCAGUCUUCCGUUAUCGACGGAGCGAGCACACACUCUGAACGCCGCACGACGAGGACGGUGAAGAAGUGUGGUGCAGACCUCCCGGAGAAGCCAAAAAACGACGCAAGAACGAGCUCAAGGCCAACGUCGAGAAGGCCGCGCUACCGGAUGCUGAGGAGGAUGCAAUGCCAGUCUGGGCAAGGCAGUGGUCCACUCACCCAGGGUUGGCUUUUACCAAAGUGUCCUCGUCUGCACAUACCAGUCUGCCUCCGAGAUCUUGCCCAGGACCCGUGCGUCCCCCAUGACACUCCCGGAGAAGGCCUUGGAGCAGUUGCUCUACGGCUUCCGCGCGGCCCUGAGCGACCUCGACAAGGUCAUCCAUCGCCCAAAAGAAGAGGGCAAGAAGAGAAAAGUCAUGGCCUACACCAUGAUGCCCAAGACCGCGCACAUCUAUUACAACAUCCUGUGCUUCAUGGACGUUCAUGCCGUUCUCCCCACGACCAAGCAAAGCUUUUCCGAGCGCGCCGACAUUGUUCACGACUUCAACGACACGGAUGCGGUGUAUGUGCUCGUCUCCACCUACGCGCUCAACAUGGCGGGAUUAACUGCCAUGAGCGAUGCUCCGUUGUGCAGUGCCUGGAGCCAGCGUACAACCUUCCCUCCGAAGCCCAGGCGACUUACCGUGUGCGCCGCAUUGGGUAGAACGAGCCUCAGCUCGUUUUGAAGUACUUUCAACACGAAAGCUACAUGGUGGACUGUCAUUGGCUCAAUGGCGCAUUAGGCGGGAGCCUGAAAGAUGAUUUUGAUUGCAUCAGGCGCACUACAUGCACUUCCACAGACUCAGGUGACUAGAUG